AUGUUCUCCACAGUAGAACAACAUGGCCAUUCUGCUAGAAAACGCAUGUUGUCAAACGUGUACUCAAAAUCGUUUCUCCAAGGCUCGCCACAGAUUACAGAAAACUCUGUGAAAUUGCUGAGGGACCGGUUUCUUCCCUCGCUGCAGGAAGCGGCGGAGCGAGGCACUGCGGUGGAAGUACACGAAAUGAACAAUGAAUUCACAAUGGAUUUCAUCUCUGCUUACCUGUUUGGCAUUGCAAACUCAACUAAGUUCUCCAUCAAUCACGUGGAAACCCGAGAGUUUAUGGUUCCGUAUCACAGUCGGAGGCAUUAUGAGUUCUACUCACAGGAAGUCCCAGGAUUGAAGCAAGUCACCAAAAAGAUUGGCUUGCCUAUAGUGCCUCAAUGGGUCGAUGAUGCGAACGAAAGGAUUGAAGCUUGGUUCUUGAAGAUGUGUGACGGUGCCAACUCGUAUUUGAACGGCACAACAUCAACUGGGGCUGAGCCUGUGGUUUACAAGCAUCUCAAGGCCGCACUAGAGAAGAAUCAAGCAAAGGGGUUAGGCACGUACGCAAUAGAUCGCAUGCGCCUUGAAAUCGCCUCGGAGUUGCUGGAUCACCUUGGGGCUGGGCAUGAGACCAGCGCAAUAGCGUUGACCUACCUGUUUUGGGAGAUGUCCCAACAUCCGGAUCUGCAACGAAAGCUUCAUGAUGAAGUUCUUGUCCUUGAACCCCGAAUUCUCUGGCCUCCUGAGAGGAAGCAGGAGUUCGAUUUGCCGUCCUCGAAGUCCAUCGAUGGGCUUCCCCUGUUGCACGCCAUCAUCAUGGAAACCUUGCGUCUGCAUGCACCAAUUCCAGGCAUAGAGCCUCGAGUCACACCAAAUGGUGGUUGCACUCUUGCUGGCUACAGCAAUAUUCCCGCCAAUGUCCGCGUAAGUGCCAUGGCAUAUGCUCUUCAUCGCAAUGAAGACGUAUUCCCCGAGUCGGAGAAAUGGAGAGUUGACAGAUGGCUCAAACCGACCGACUCACCAGAGUUAAAGGAGAUGUUGCGCUGGUUUUGGGCAUUUGGUAGUGGCGGGAGGAUGUGUAUCGGGAGUAAUCUGGCAAUGCAAGAGAUAAAGCUGGUUGUAGCUGCCGUUUACUCCAACUACACAACGAGCAUCAUCAGCGAUGAAGGCAUAGAAGCCAUAGACGCCUAUACAACAAGGCCGCGCAGCAAUCAGCUUAUUUUGAAAUUUGAACACGUCUAG